AUGUCUACUUAUAUAUUUCUUAACAACCUCUUCGUCGCCUGUUGCCAGACUAUUACUACAAUGAAUUAUAUGAGAUUCGCUGUGCAGCUAAACUUGUUAUUACGUACUUCUUUUUGCCUCCUCUUUUUUUUUAUUCUUCCUCCUUCAUUUACCUUCCCUGUGUGCGCCUCCCACACGUCACUCGUGGGCACAUUUUCUUUUCUGCCUUCAACCAUGUCCUCGCCCAAAUACCGCCACCCAGCCCAACUGUCUAAACCUCUUAACCACGCUUGGAAUCUCGAUCUAUCGAUCAACCUCAGUCAAUUGAUAUCUAUCUAUCUAUCUAUCUAUCUAUCUAUCUAUCUAUCUAUCUAUCUAUCUAUCUCAGCUUGUCUAUAUCUAACACAUUCUGUCCAUAUCUGUUUAUUUAUCCACCCGCCUUUCUUUUUUUAUCUUUUUUCUUUCUUUUUUUUCUCUUUCUUUAUUUUUCAUCCUUUCUUUUUUCUUUCGUUUUUAUACUUUUUUUUUUUGCUCUUUCUUUCUUCAUUUUUUUCUUUCUAUUUCCCACAUUUUUUUACUCUGCUUUUCCAUUCUUUUCUUUUUGACACAAUGUUCUUAAAUUUCAUUUUACUCUCAUUUUUUUCUGACUAUUUCCCUUCGUUUUUAUCCUCCUCUUUACUACACGCUUUCUUUGCUCGUUUUCUUUCUUUCUUUCUCUUUUUUAUUCGUUUUCUUUCAUUCUCUUCUCAACCUCUAGUUUUGUUUCUGUUCUUUUCUUUUUCGUUUGUUUUUAUUUUUACUUUUUCUCUUUUUCCUUCAUUUUAUUUCAUCUUCCUCUUUAUAUCUCGUUUUCUCUCCUUCCUUUUCUUUUUCGCUCGUUUUCUUCCCUUCUUCCUUCUCUUUUCCGUUCGUUUUCUUUCAUCUUUCUCUCGUCUUCCUUCUUUUCUUUUUCCGCUCAGUUUCUUACCUUCUUUCUUCUUUUUUUUUUUACUCUCGUUUUCUUUUAUUCUCCUCUCUAUCACUUGGUUUCUUCUCUUUCUUUUAUGUUUCACUAGUUUUAUUUUCUUCUUCUGCUCAAUUUUCCUUUAUUUUCUUUCAUCUUUCACUCUACUUCCGGUUUUCAUUUAUUUUUUAUCCUUUUCACUCGAUUUCUUUUUUAUUCAUAUUCUUUCAUCUUCCUCAAUACCAGUCGUUUUCUUUCCCUUAUUUUCUUUUCCUUUAGUUUUCUUUCCUUUCUCUUCUCUUCUCUCUCUCUCUCUCUCUCUCUCUCUCUCUCUCUCUCUCUCUCUCGUUUUCUUUCAUCCUCCUCAAUACCGUUCAUGUUCUUUCUUUCUUUUAUUUUUCGGUCGCUUUAUUUUCUUCUCUUUUCAUUUCGUUUACUUUCAUCCUCCUUUUUUCCACUUACUUUCUUUCCUCUUUUAUUUCUUUUUCAUUUCUCUAUUUCUCUCUUUCCCUUUCCCUUUCUCUCUCUCUCUCUCUCUCUCUCUCUCUCUGUUUCUCUCAUUCUCUCUUGCCCAUUUUAUUCUUCUCUCUUUUCUAUUUUCUUUUUCUUAUACUAAAUUCUUCUCUUCUUUUAUCUCUUUCCAAUUCAUUUCACUAUUUUUCCUUUCUGUUCUCUUCCCCUUCUCUCUCUUUCUCUCUCUCUUUGUGUCUCUCUCUACGUUUCUAUCUUAUUUAACAUCUUUUCUUUCUUGUCUCUCUUCCCUUAAUCUUUUUCGUUUUGAUUUUUCUCAUCUAUCUCGAAAUUUUAUCCCUCAUAUUUUCUCUUUUCUUCUCUCCUACAAUAAUCUUUUUAUCCUCUCUUUAUCUCACCCUCUCUCUCUCACACCUCUCUCUCUCUCUCUCUCUCUCUCUCUCUCUCUCUCUCUCUCUCUCUCUUUUCAAAAAAAGCCUGUUAAUAUCAGACCAGCGUUAUUCUGCCGUUUUCUUGAUGGAGUCUACUUCAAGUGUAUGUUCUUUUAUGUAACAAAAUGCACAUCUAUCUAUCUGGAUAUCUAUCUAUCUAUCUAUCUAUCUAUCUAG